CUGCGCACCGGGAGGACUUGGUUCGGACGGGUCUUGCACAGGGUCUCGCGGCUGCAGGGCUCCUGGUCCCGGCGCUCCAGCAGCCUCUUGUGUCUCUCCGGCAGCCGGCGGCAGCAGCAGCAGCAGGAUCCGGGCUCCUCGUCCGCCUGCAGGCGCAGUGCACUCGGCUUCCCUCGCCGCGCACGUCGCACCAUCCCGGGGAGGAGCGAGAGGGGACAUGAGCCCCUCACCUGCCGGCUCCUGGCGGCCAUGAAGCGGCAAAACGUGCGGACCUUAUCCCUGAUCGUGUGCACGUUCACCUACCUGCUGGUGGGGGCCGCCGUCUUCGACGCCCUGGAGUCCGACUUCGAGAUGCGGGAGAAGGAGCAGCUGGAAGCCGAGGAGCGGCGCCUCCAGGGGAAAUACAACAUCAGCGAGGACGACUACCGCAAGCUGGAGACCAUCAUCAUGGAGGCCGAGCCGCACAGAGCCGGCGUGCAGUGGAAAUUUGCCGGCUCCUUCUACUUUGCCAUCACGGUCAUCACCACCAUCGGCUACGGCCACGCGGCGCCAGGCACGGACGCGGGCAAGGCCUUCUGCAUGUUCUACGCCGUGCUGGGCAUCCCCCUGACCCUGGUCAUGUUCCAGAGCCUGGGCGAGCGCAUGAACACCUUCGUCAAGUACCUGCUGAAGCGCAUCAAGAAGUGCUGCGGCAUGAGCGCCACCGAGGUCUCCAUGGAGAACAUGGUGACGGUGGGCUUCUUCUCCUGCGUGGGCACGCUUUGCGUCGGCGCCGCCGCCUUCUCGCACUACGAGGACUGGAGCUUCUUCCAGUCCUACUACUACUGCUUCAUCACGCUGACCACCAUCGGCUUCGGGGACUUUGUGGCCCUGCAGAAGAACAGGGCGCUCCAGAAGAAGCCGCUCUACGUGGCCUUCAGCUUCAUGUACAUCCUGGUGGGCCUCACCGUCAUCGGCGCCUUCCUCAACCUGGUGGUGCUGCGCUUCUUGACCAUGAACAGCGAGGACGAGCGCCGCGACGCCGAGGAGCGAGCCUCGCUGGCCGGGAACCACGGCGCCGCCGUCCGCGUCCAGGACGAGUCCCUGCGGCGAGGCUGGCGGCGGCGGCGCCAGCCUCGCCGCCAGGAGGGGAGCGACCUGCACUCGGUGUGCUCCUGCAUGCGCUACAACUCGCACGACUUCUCCCACCGGAACUCGCUGUGCCCCGGUCACUACUUCCACAACAUCUCCUACAAGAUGGAGGAGAUCUCGCCCAGCACGCUGAAGAACAGCUUCGUCCCCUCGCCCGUCAGCUCGCUGUCGCCGGGCCUCCGCAGCUUGACGGACGACCGGCGGCUGAUGAGGAGGAGGAAGUCCGUCUAGGACACGGGAAGAGGCCGCUUUGCCAAAUCUCAUUCCAGCACUUUCCCCCUUUUUUUCUCAGCUUCUGCUCCUCACGGAGAACAUUCCAGCAGGAAGCCAAGCAUGAAGCAUGGAUGUCUAUUUUUCCAAAGGGAUUAGCAGAAACUUUGCUCCACACGUGGGAGAUGAUAUUUUUCAUAACUUGAAGAACAGGAGGAUGUUUUCUACAAGCCACCACCCUCACCAUCAUAAUCAUCAUCAUCAUCAUCAUCCUCAUCAGGCCAAAACAAAAUGUCUUCUUGUGUGUGCAGUCUGAAAGGAUCAUGCUGCUCCUGUUCACUUCUUGUGUGUGCAGUCUGAAAGGAUCAUACUGCUCCUGUUCACUUCUUGUGUGUGCAGUCUGAAAGGAUCAUGCUGCUCCUGUUCACUUCUUGUGUGUGCAGUCUGAAAGGAUCAUGCUGCUCCUGUUCACUUCUUGUGUGUGCAGUCUGAAAGGAUCAUGCUGCUCCUGUUCACUUCCUGUAUGUGCAGUCUGAAAGGAUCAUGCUGCUCCUGUUCACUUCUUGUUUGUGCAGUCUGAAAGGAUCAUGCUGCUCCUGUUCACUUCUUCUCCUGUGGAAGCUUCGAUGGCACAACAAUCCGUGUUUCUCCGACAUGAACAGCAAACAUAGCAAUAUUUUACAGUCCAGUUUCCUGCAGCGUUACUUCCUCUGUUCUCAGUGACAUCAAAUGGCCUCAAAAAGAUGUCCUACUCUAUCCAUAUUUUAUUUUGCAAUACUGCAACACUGUCCAUAUUCUGACAUAUUUUAAAUAAUUUUGUUUUAAAAAGAUUUCGACAAUCAAUUCUUGAAACCUUUUAAAAAUUUUAAUCUAACCAUUUUUCGUCUACUUUUUUACAAAUUCAACCGUAUGCAUAAUUUUAUUUUUAUAAUUCCAACUGUAUACAUAUUUUGGUGUGUUUUUAUUUCAUUUUUAAAAAGUCAACCCACAUCAUCCAUACUUUAAUGCAGUGGUCCCCAACCUUUUUGUACCUUUUUUU